GACUAAACUUUGCCGCCGAAAAAAAUGUCCAAAAAUUUUUCAUGUUAAAAUGGCUGGAGAUUUUUUGUUAAUUGUAUUCAAAGCUGGAAAGAAUGAUUUCUGUUUGAUUUGGAAAAGUCCAUAUAUAUCACAAUUGCAAAAUUAAAAAAAAGCUUGUAUUCCAAAAUCCGACGUCGAAAUGUGUCAGCCGCCGCCGAUCUAAUGUUUGUCGGCGAAGGUCUCUAAAGGCAUUUUUCUGCAUUUUGAUUUUGUGACAACAAAUUUAAUAAUUUCAAGAGUUAAUUGAAAUUAAAAAAACAAAAGAUGAUCAAAACAAGUGCACACAAUAGUUGUGAAUAAAUGCGAUAAAUAUUUGCAUAAAAAAUACGCAAAAUUUUGCAAAAUCUUAAGAAUACUUUCGUAUCAUUGUUGUUGCUGGUGUAUGACAUAUUAUUGUGUGUGUGUGUUGGACGAAGCCAAUUUUUUCUGAUUGCCUCCUCAAAAAAAAAAAACUUAUAAAGAUAUAAAUAAUAUAAUAUUAAGUUAAUAGAAUUUCUUAAAAAACAAAGUAAAUUAUUAGCUACAAUAUGACAACAGUUAAUAUAAAUACUCGUAAAAGUCCUAAUGUUUUUAAGAAACAGGGUACUGACCAAUGGGUUAAAUUGAAUGUAGGUGGUCAAUAUUUUCUUACCACAAAAACUACACUCUCCCGUGAUCCAAAUUCAUUUUUAUCGCGUUUAAUACAGGAGGACUGUGAUUUAAUAUCAGAUCGGGAUGAAACUGGUGCCUACUUAAUAGACCGAGAUCCUAAAUAUUUUGCACCAGUUUUAAACUAUUUGCGUCAUGGCAAAUUAGUAUUAGAUGGUGUCUCAGAGGAGGGAGUACUAGAAGAGGCUGAAUUUUAUAAUGUCACACAACUGAUAACAUUGGUGAAAGAGUGCAUUACUAAUAGAGAUCAAAGACCACAAGCUGACAAAAAGCGUGUAUAUCGUGUUUUGCAAUGCCGUGAGCAAGAAUUGACUCAGAUGAUCUCAACACUCUCCGAUGGUUGGAGAUUUGAACAACUGAUCAGUGUUGGCCCACAAUAUCAUUCAAAUUAUGGUGCAUUUGAUAACAAUGAAUUUCUUUGUGUUGUCUCUAAAGAGUGUGGCGCAACAAGUGGUCGUGAGCCUGAACUAAAUGAUAGAGCAAAAGUACUGCAACAAAAAGGCUCUCGCAUUCUUGGAAUUUAAACAAAAUUUAAAUCUAAUCAAAGUUUUUAAACCUAAAAAAAUCCUACUAUGAGUAUAAAAGUAAAAAUAAAAUAAAAACAAAACCACAAAACCUAUCUACACCCAUUUCACUAUGUUAUAUUAUCACCCAAGACCACUAAGUUCAUCUUAUCAUUAUGUUCUUAGUUUUUUUCUUAAACUAAGAGAUACAUUUAUAUUAAAAGCCAUCAAGAUAAUUAGUUUAAAAUUACCAUACACCCUAAAAAUAAAUCAAACACAAAAAUUUAUUAUAAUAAAAUCACACAUAAAAACACUUUGCGCAAAAAUAUGUGUAUCUUCAGCCAUUUAUGUGUAGUCAUUUUAAGAUGUCUUUGAAAAUAUUUUCCAAUCUUUUUAUAUUACACCUUGUUUAUUCUAACGUUUAAUGUUAUUUUAAAAGUUUUAAAUUGAGGCAAAAUUCCUAAUAAUCUACAUGUAAAUAUUUAAAAAUUCUUUUGGGACAAAAUAUAACUGCCAUGACUGUUUUAAGGUAUUAGAGUUAUCAGAUAGGAAAUUUAAAAAAAUUCUAGACACAAGAAUUUAUUCGUUAAAGAAAAUUUUUCGUGUAGUUACUUUAAAGUGAUUCUUUAGUAAUUUUUAUAUAAGUAUCAUUAGAAUUAAUGUGAGUGGCAAAAAUUACCUCCUCAAACAAAGAGGUUUUCGUUAAUGAAUGUUUCUUAAAAUUCUGAAAAUGUUCAGUUUUAAAGUGAAGUUUUUAAAGAUUUUUUUUAACAAUUUAUAUUAUAAAAUAGUUUACUUCUUUUAGAAUCUUGUUGUUCUCCUGAGAGAACAGGAUAUUGGUUGAUCGCUCACAUAUACAUAUGUACAUACAUGUAUGUAUAUUAGAGUGUCCCGAGGAACAGCCUUUUUAAAAAUCUCAUAAUGGAAUAUCUCUGCUUCGAAACGUAUUAAUAUACUGAACUCAAGAAAAAUAAAAAUGGUCCUCAGUUCCCUAUCUUAGACUGAAUUACGUACAGCUAGUGUGAUUCUCAGCUGAAAUUUUGUAUGGCGAAUUAUGUAAUUCAGUUCGUAAUUGUGCUUUGAGUGAAGAAUUAGAGCCUGAAUGACGAAUAAUUGCAUAGUGUGAACGGGUUAUAAGAAAAAUUGUAAUUAUGUUUCGCUGGUAGGGAACUGAGGACCUUUAAAAAAACAUUUUUGCUCAUCGUUUAUGAGGUAUUCCUCCAAAAAAAUUGGUAUACGGGACACCCUAAUGUAUAUGUAUGUAAUUAUAAAACGUGCUAAAAUCUUACACAAAUUGUAUUUUAAUCGUUUUUUGAAAAUUGAAUCAUCGUUAGGUUUUGUAUAGAUUUCUAUAGAAAAUAUUUUUCUACAAAAUUUCCAGAGGGAAUAUGUUUAUCGACAAUUUUUUUACACAAGAUUUUUUUCGUCGAAAAGUUUACCUAAAAAAGUUUUCUUAAGAAACUUUUUUCAAUAAUUUUUUUAUAGAAAUAUUACACAGGCCAAUAUGAUAUAUUUAGGUAAAUGAUUAGAUUCGAGUUUAGCGCAGCCUUUACAAAAUUAUACUUUGAUCAGUGGUAUUCGACAAUUUCAAAUUUUGUUGGCCUGUGUUAUCUGCAAUUGGUUUUAGAAGAAAAGUAUACUGCAAAAUUAACAUGAAUAAGGUUUAUAAAGGUUUUUUGAAAUUCAAAUUUUUAUACAAAACUGGUUCCACUUUUUUGGAAAAUAUUCAAGCCAAAUUUCAGGUAGGUCGUUUUUCGGGUAACGAAAGGAAAGACAGAAAUUCAGUAUUUGUAACUCAAUAUUUGAAGAGCUUGUGUUGCUAAAAUUAUUCUACCUUUUUCAAUUAAAAAUUAUUAUUAAACUUUUUUUUUUUUAUUUUAUUUUAAAAUAAACUCAAAGUAAAAAAAAAACUAAACU